CUUCCUGAUUUCUGUGUCAUUCUUUGCCAAGGAUAACCGCUUGCGGCUCCAUAAGCGGAGCCCGAACAACCGCUACAACCGGCAGUGCUUCACCGCAGCUCGAAAGGCUAUGCCAAUAGAACAGACCAAAUUGGAUGGUCUUCUUUUGAUCGCUUCAGAGGCAGUCGACAGCGACAAGAAUUCCUGAACUUUUCUCCAAAAAGCACCAUGAAAGCGACAAUUUUCAUCGGAGCCCUCUUGGUUGUGUUGUGCACGACCGCCUACGGAUGCGACCACAUGGGCUACCGCCGGGAUGCGGGCCGCUGCAAGACGAAGCACGACACCAAUUUGCAACAGGCGUCGGCUUCCCAGAAAUGCUGCGCAUUCUACGUCCUCUCGGAGUGCCUCAAGCUGGCCUCUCGGUACUCGGACUGUCCCCAGGCUUAUGCUAUGGCUGAGCUGAAAGAACUUCGCGAUGCGAGCCGCUUGACCCCCGACCAGUGUCAGGGUGGACGAGAGCAGUGUGGUGAUGCGCCGAGAAGACAGUACUAGUCCCAGCGCUGCCACCACAAGAGGCGUCGAAUACGUCCCAACUGUGACACCUGUCACCUCACACUGCCGCUCUCAUGCCAUCAAAUAUGAAAGAAACAUCCGUAAUGCUGGACAUUAUUGACAGGAGAAGGACGAAAACCCGAACACCAUGCACGCGCAAAAUGGUGUGGAAUAAACAUUUUUUUAUGAAUGACA